AUGUCUACUGUAAUUGAAGAACUUCAACAACUUUAUUAUGCUUUAGACAACAGUUCUCGUCGAAUUGUUAACAUAAUUUUCAUUGAUCCUGAAAAUCAUCCAGAUACACAAGAACGAGAUGAAGAAUAUGAAAAAGUUGCAGAAAAUUAUUAUCAAGAAAAUAAUCAAGAUUUUUAUAGAGUUUAUCCUGGUGAAAGUGGAGUUACACCAAAACAUGCACUUGAUUAUGUGAAUUAUACUAAAGAGGUUAACUAUAAUGAUAUAUAUUUUGCUACUUUUUAUGAUAAGAGAUUGCAAGGUCUUGAAGAUAGUGAAGAAGAAAAUUUGUAUGACUAUGGUCAUUGA